AUGGUUCUGGACAACAUCAAGAAGAAGAGGCGGCGUUCUUCCUUUCAUGGCAGACGUCCUACCUUAUCGAUUUUCCAGCAUCCGAAAUAUCUCUGCUAUCAUUUACCAUUCAUAUGCAGAAGACGAAAAGGUUUGAAUCGAAAAGGAAAUAACAAUACUGAGAAAGGAGAGUGUGCUUCAAGUUCGAAAGACGAGCUGUUCUUUUGUGAAAUCUGCACAGAUAUGAAAACAAUGAAGGAUGUUUUUUGCAUCAAUGGUUGCUCUCACUCGUAUUGCUCUGAUUGUGUGGCGAUGUACAUCGGUUCCAAGCUCAAAGAUAAUAUCAUCAACAUUCGGUGUCCUUUUUCUGGAUGCAGUGGUUUGUUGGAAUCGGACUAUUGCCAGUCGAUUCUUCCUGCCGAGGUUUUUGACCGAUGGGGGAACGCGUCUUGCGAGGUGUUGAUUGAUGAUUCGGAAAAAUUCUACUGUCCCUUUGCAGACUGUUCAGCUCUGUUGAUCAAUGAUGAAACGGAGGCUGUUAUGAAAGCAGAAUGUCCUUAUUGUGAAAGGAUGUUCUGUGCACAAUGUAAAGUUCCAUGGCAUGAAGGGAUUGAAUGCAGUGAGUUCGAGACGCUGAAUGCGGACGAGAGGGAGAAAGAGGAUGUUAUGUUGGUAGGCCUUGCAAAGGAUAAGAAGUGGAUGCGAUGCCCUAAUUGCAGAAUUUAUGUUGCCAAAUCUCAUGGCUGCAACAGCAUGAAAUGCAGCAUAUUGACAGAAGUUUAA